AUACUACGACGUAUUAUUUUUUAUUAUUAUUUAUGAACUUAUUAUUAUGCAUUGCUCAGUGUUAUAUUGUAGAUAAAAAGCAUAGAUCUAUCUCCAAAACAGAGUGGCGCUAUGCUUAGAUUGUGAAUUGCCACAAACAUUAUAUUCUUAUUAUUAUAUUCUCCCACCACUAUAGCGAACAGCAGCAUGUCCUGUCCUGUUAAGACCCAGCAGAUCAUGCAUAAAAUCUAGACUUUGUCAGCUUGAUGCCAAUUUUAGGUUUCAAGUUACGGCUAUUUACAGUCACAGAAGGGAAAAGACAGCAAUGAUUGACGGGUGUGUAGGCGUGGUCAGUCAGCUGCAUGUGUCCACUUCACGUUUUCUUGCAUCCCUUUCCGACUGCUCGUGCUGGGACGGUAGUGGCGAGGAUGAAGAAACCCCGAGGAUAAUCUCAGCCAAAACUAUUAUCCUUAUGAGUAAGUGAGUGGCAAGAUUACAGCUGACAAACAUGUGGGCUUUGGGACCAGAGUAAAAUCUUAAACCAUUCUUCCAGCUCAUGCUGGAGUGAGUGAAUACUACCCUUAGUAUCUGACCUACAGUAUGUGUAUCAUGUGAAUUAAAUACAUCAUUAGUUAAUAUGUGAUUAUAAUGGACGGUAUUAUCUUGAAGUUCCUUCAAGACACACUUCCAAGGAUAUAGGCACACAUACAAGUGCAAAAUGCUGCAGUUGUGCACAGUUACAGACGGUCUGUUGAUCAGUAAUGCACGGUCAGCCUGUAAUGAUGAAUUAAUCCAGAAGGAGGCGGUCACUCUCUGUAUUAACGUGUCUAAGCAGCAACCCUUUCCCUCCAUACGGGUCAGCACUUUGCGUGUACCGGUCUAUGAUGACCCUAAUGAAGACCUGUAUAAAUAUUUUGACCGCUGUGCUGAUGCCAUAGCAAGUGAGGCAGGGCGGGGUGGCCGGACCAUUGUGUACUGCAAGAAUGGACGCAGUCGUUCUGCUACUGUCUGUGUUGCAUACUUAAUGAAGCACCAGGGACUUACUCUAACGGAUGCCUUUCAGAUUGUGAAAAGUGCCCGGCCAGUAGUGGAACCUAACCCGGGAUUUUGGACUCAGCUGGAACAAUAUGAACAGGAGCUGAAGAUCAGGAGACCUACACGUCCAAAAAACAAAAGUUCUUCAACCUCUCCCUACAAGGGCUCUUUUCACAGAGAGGACAUUCAACAUAGUGUUAAUCUAAAUGAAUAGACGAUGAUUUAUUGAACAAUUAUGAUUGUUUAUUUUAUUUUUUUACAGGGUUUUUAUGCAAUACAAUAAUAUGGGUUUUGUUUUGCUGUCUGUAA